UUCAUUCACCACUGGAGGAGCAAGAAGUUUGUUCACCGCAGAGAAGAAGGAAAAAAUUGAUCUCCUCUUGUCAAAAGAAGGAAAAAACGGUUUUAAUAUGGUGGAACAACAGUCGAUCCGUAAGUAGUGCUGAGGAAAAAUUCUGUGCGGUGUUUUUGUGUGUGCGCUAACUGUUUCUAAAACUAGCAGACAUUGUGAGCAACGAAAAAACAGUUCGAUCGGUACUCGUGGAUUAUGCCGUGCCAGCUUUUGGAGUGAUUCAAAAUCGGGGAAAAUGUCUAAAAUUUUCUCCAGCUGCAGCGAAAUUGGCAUAGCUUAUCAUCCUUAUCAUCACACUGUUUAUCAUAUUGAAUCAUCGCUAGCCGGAGUGUUAUCAGAAUGCAAUCAACAGCAGAAGCAGCGUCGGCCAACAGUCCUGGCGGAAACGAGUCGGAUCUAAGAUACGCGAGUGCUAGUGCCCUUUCACCGCCGGACUCCUCUCUGGACGAUUUAGAAGAGUACGAAGACUUGGAGGUGGGUGAAGUAGGUGAAGAGGAAGAGGAAACCGGAAUGGAUGGUUCCGAUGGCAGCGGUGCCGUUCGGAAACCACAUUUUCUAGACUACGACAAUAAGGCACCGGUCGGGCUGGAAGAUCAGGUCGUAUUUGUCGGACAGCCUCACCGCCGCAGGAGAAGCAACGGACGAACCACGGAGAGUGAAGGUGGGGAUUAUCUACCGAAGGAGGGUAUAAUUUCGCAGAGUGUUGUGAUGGAAGGGGAAGUUGGACUCGGUACCGGUAGGAAAGAUGUUGGCCGAGGCACUUGGCCUUCGGCUUCUUCCGGGAGCGGGGCUGUUGCUGCAGCUGCCGCUGCUCAGAACGGAACGGCAGGCAAUAUAUCGGACGCGAUGCGAUUCGAGUGUGUUUAUUCACUGUUUUCGAUGCUCGGUUCAACAGAUUCCCUGGAACGAUCUACUAAACUUAUGCAGUUGUCGAAGAAUCGCGAAACGUGCAGCGCCUUGCGCUGCUCAAUACCACUACUAGUCCAGAUAAUUCACAACGAUCCAAACGAAACAGCCCGCCGGAACGCCCGGCAAGCGCUGUCCAAUGUGAUCUGCUGCCACCCGGACGAUAAGGCCGGCCGUCGCGAGGUGCGAGUUCUCAAACCAAUCGAACAGCUGAUCGACUAUGCCGAUCUGCUACGCGACUACACCGCGGACGAGAGUCCGCUGGAAGUUCGAGACAUAAUCGAAGACCCAGAAAAACAUCCAAUCCAAUCGAUAACCACUCUGAUGAAAAUUAGCUUCGAUGAGGAACACCGGCAUGCUAUGUGCCACCUAGGAGCCCUUCAAACCAUAUCCACCUUGAUCCAGCUGGACCACGCCGUGCACGGUGCUAAUCCAACGGCUUCGAAGUGUGUCACUAUGCGACGCUACGCUGGAAUGAUUCUGACCAAUCUAACCUUCGGCGAUGGCAACAACAAAGCACUGCUCUGCUCCAACAAAAGCUUCAUGCGGGCUCUGGUCGCUCAAAUCCAAUCCACCAGCGAUGAGCUGGUUCAGGUGACGGCUUCUGUGCUGCGCAAUCUAUCCUGGCGAGCGGACAGUACGAUCAAGCAAACGCUAAGCGAAAUCGGCACCGUCAAGGUGCUAACCCGAGCAGCCAUGAUCUGCACAAUAGAGAACACUUUGAAGGCAAUCCUGUCGGCACUGUGGAACCUCUCCAAUCACUGUCCGCCGAAUCGGUCGGAAUUUUGCGAAGUAGAAGGAUCGCUUGAGUUUCUCAUCGAUAUGCUCAGUUACGAGGCUCCCAGCAAGACGAUGAGCGUUAUCGAGAAUGCUGGUGGAAUUCUGCGCAACAUAUCCUCCCACGUUGCCGUACGAGAGGACUAUCGGAAAAUUCUGCGAAAGAAAAACUGCUUAAAGAUUCUGCUGGAACAACUCAAGAGUCCCAGUUUGACCGUGGUUAGCAACGCCUGUGGAACUCUUGGUAAUCUUUCCGGGGAAAACUACGAAGAUCAAAGAUUUCUGCGCGAAAACGGUGCCAUCCCAAUGCUGCGUUCGUUGAUCUACAGCAAGCACAAAAUGAUCUCCAACGGUAGCAGUAUGGCACUGAAAAACCUGCUAAAACCUCCAGUGACCGUAACCGCAGCUGUCAGUCUGCCGAUUGCGAUUCAGCCGAAAUCAAUCCAACUGGCGAGUGGUGCCGCUGAUUCGAAGGAAUUGCCCAGUUUGAAUGCCCGAAAAAAGAAGGCACUGGAGCAAGAGCUUGAAGGAAAAUUUCUACCUAGUAAAGAGAAGGACAUUGGUACGGGUAGGCGAUCAGCCUCCGUACCAGAAGACGAAGGACAGGAUGUAGUAAGUCAUGAUGCAGUUCACAUUCGAUUGGUCGAGUCAGGACAGCUGCAAGAGGAAGACUCCGAACGACCGGUGAACUACAGCCUGAAGGAAGAAGAGACCGUUUACCAGGACUACCAGGAGACAGACAUUGACCAAAUCACAGACUACUCGCUGCGGUACGCAGAGAAUCAAUCGGAGGAAUCGGACGAUGAGAAGGUGGAAAAUUACCGCCAAUCGUCGAACCGAGUUAACGGUAUUCUAAUGCCGGAGGAUUCCGUCAAGUGUUACUACACCGAAGGCACACCGCAGAUUAUCUCCAGUGCCACAUCGAUGAGUGAUUUGCGGUUACAACUGAUGACGGGUGGAAUGACACCUGCGUCGGCUCCGGUUGCGUCACCAAAAGCAGAGGAAGAAGAGACACCCGCCAAAGUGGCGACGAUUGCGAUCAUCAAUGGUGAACCGGCGGGCCAGGUUACAACUGCAGUGGUUACUGCUGGGGGUGAAGGCGAUACCGGCUGUAAUACUCCCGACAGGCCGUACAAUUAUUGUGAGGAAGGUACUCCGGACUUUAGCCGGGAAGCUUCACUGAAUGCGCUGGAGCUCAACGGGGGUGAAAGGGAACGAACUCGCUCGACAAAACCUCCCGAGCUGGGUGAUCCUCCGGAUCAGAGUGUUCCCUCGACACCGGGUUGCAGUAACGGUGGCGGAGGUGGUGGCGGUACUGGCAACAAGCAGGUUUCCUUCCUAAAUACGGCCGAGGAAACGCCGCUAAUGUUCUCGCGCACAAGUUCGAUGGGAUCACUGUCCAGUGCGGAACCGGCUGUUUGUGUCGACGACAAAAGUUCCAUCAUCAGCGAGUUCAGUCGGCUGGCUUCGGGUGUAAUUUCUCCAUCGGAGCUACCCGAUUCGCCCACCCAGAGUAUGCCGCAUUCGCCAAGACGCAGUGCCGGUGAUGGUGCGAUUCUUACAACGACGACCGUUGUGGUGGCACAGAACAAGCCACUAUCGGGUGGUUUUGGUAAAUCGGAGCAACGACCGCCGACGGUUGGUCCGGUGAAAAGUGCUUUCGAGGAUAGCGUGAGUAAGUUCAAUGUGGAAAAUACGCCAGCGGCGUUUUCCUGUGCUACCAGUUUGAGUAAUCUCAGUAUGGAGGAGAAAGAGGAUCAGGAGUCGAAGUUGAUUGCCAGGCAGGUGGUCCCAGAGGGACCUCCGGUGCUGCCAGUUCCGGAUGCUUGUGCUGCUUCGGAUGGUGAUUCGGAUGACGAUGAUGAUGAUGCUGGUGGGGAUGACGAUCUGCUGUUGGAGUCCUGUAUUAGUAUGGGAAUGAACAGUAGCAGGAUGGUGAGGAGUUCGGAAUAUCAGUUGGAACAGGCACAUCGGGAAUUGCCGGAAGACUCGCUGCAGCGAUUCUGCACGGAAGAUACACCGGCACGAAUGUCCAAGGCUACCAGUAAUUGUGAUUUGAGCGUGCUUUCGAUGGGUACCGAAGAGAAUGGUCACGAGUCGGAUGAAAGUUCGAAUGGAUCUGAGCAAAACGAUCGGCUGCUUGAGGAGUGCAUUCGAAGUGGAAUGCCGAAGGCGAAAGCUAAAGCUUUGCCGCCGCCAAUGGAAUCGGUAGAGAAAGUUAACGGAGUUUCAUCGUCGGUGAUAAAGGAAAAUCCAAUCAGUAUGAUGAGAAAUCCGAUUCAUAUGGGGCCGCUCUAUGCGAACGAUGAAAUUAGUAAUUUCUACGUGGAGGAUAGUCCUUGUACCAUGUCAACGAUGUCUGCGUUGUCUGAUUUGACGGUUGCUACCGAGGCCACCGGCGGUGGAGAACAGAAAGUGGUUCGGAUUUCAACUUUAAAAGGCAAGCAAUUGGAACCUUUGCCUCAGCUGCCUCCGCCUUCGGUACCACUAGGGGAAGCGGCGCUUAACAAUGGCUCACUAAGUUCCCUCUCGGUUGAUUCGGACGAUCAUUUGGUUGAUGAAGCAAUUGCUGCCGGAAUCGAUUUCUCCACCAACAAGGCUAAACAUAGUGAUUCCGCCUUCAAACACGUACAAAACUUACUUCCACCGGGUAAUCCAAUGCAAUCGGCUGCUGUUGAUGCUAACGAUUCCUUAGAUUCCAUCGAUUCUGUGGAUUCCAACGACCCGCAGAACAAUUCCCUGCUCGAGGAGUGCAUCGAGAACGGUAUGAAAAAGCUGACCGAAAAGCACAAAGACGAUGGAUUCGAGCUGCGAGCAGGAAUGAAUUUCACCCAACUGGGAAUGCGCUCUGCAGUGGCACCUCCGGUACCAGCACCGGACGACAGCAUCCCGGACUCGGAUCGGGACUAUGAUCUUCUGAUGGAGUGCAUCAAAAGCGGAAUGCCAAAGGGACGCAACAGCCAGCUGGCGAUCGAGCUUACGCAGAACCUUCAGCGAUUGGCCAUUUCGGGGGCGGCAGCCACCAAUCCGGCGCACACAAAACACAUUUCGUCAUCGUCGUCCGGUUCAAAAAACGUGGACACUACGCCUGUGGUUACGAAGGAUGCCGGUGCCACCAACGUAAUGUCAGCAGGCGUAGUAGCAAACACAGCAGCCGGAAGCAGCAGCUUCUCCAUCAACACGUCGGCGGAGCGUCCGGGGCGGGUAUCGUCUCGGGACGUCACCGAAAUCAUCACCAGCAGCAGCACCACUCAAUCCAUCAGUAUCCCCACAGCCACCACCAUCACUACCAUCAACAGCAGCAGCAGUCCUCAGCUGGCCACCAUCAGUCGCACCACAGUCACCACAAGAAACGAACCAGUUCUUCCAUACCAACGACAGUCGCCGCAGCAGCGGCCGUCUCCAUCUCAGCCGCCUCAGCACCAGCCGCUAGUUUCUUCCACCACCACGCUGGCUCGGAGUGGAUAUGAGAGUCUGAUGGAACGCUCGAACGAGUUUCCAGCGGCAGCAUUCGCUAUCAGCUCCGAUGCAGCCACCCUAAGCGGAAUGAUGGCCUCCAGUGGGAUGCAGAUAUCGAACGAGUUUAUGGUGGAUGCGAGUGUCGCGUCCGAUUGCGGCCCACAGGACAAACAUAAGGAUCCCGAUCUGAUGUUGCAAUCCGUGGAACGACUGACGCAGGAAUUGGUUUCGACGGCGGAGUAUCUGCGAACGGUUUCUUCGGGUGGCGGUGUAAUGGUGGCCAGCAGAGAGGAAAACAACACCUGGGAUGAAGAUGCGACCUGUACGAACGAUGUGUCCUUCCCGAGUUUGAGCGUGCAGGCGCCGAAGAUUCACCACUCCACCAAUGAUGAUGAUGACGCGACCGUUAGCGAUGAGGUUGACUCCAAAGUUCUGGACGCCUUGGAGGAGCAAACUCCGAUCAACGAGAAUUCCGCACUGCCCGGCGGUGAGCCAAUAAUCGAUUUCCAACUGGGUGGAGAAGUGCAACAUCUAAUGGUCGGAGGAGGGGUGGCUCAGUACUGCGCAGCCGGAGCCGACGGGUGUUCGUUCAGUACGGUUUCAACGUUAACCAACUCCACCAUUAUUGCGAUGGAAGCCACCAAGGUGGCGAAUCAGCUGCAGAAUUUGGCCAUCGUCGAGAGUGCUGAUGUGGAUUUGAGCAAAAUCAAUCCUCCGUUUUUCGGCUCAGACAGUAUCCUGAUUUCGGACUGCUCCGAUUUAGAGCUAACCUUCCGGAAUGAGUCGAAAGAGCGAAAGAUUUCACUACCAAGCGGAUUGGUUGCUAGACGAGCUUUGGGACACACCUUCAACGAUAGUUUGAACUCGCUGCACAACCUGGACAGUAUCGGGCCCCCAUCGUUGAUGGAUGAACUGAUGGAUUCGAUGAUUAGUGUUGCUAGCAUUACAUCCGAAGUCGUAGACGUGGAUAGUGGUCAUGCAGGGACGGUGUCUGCAGCGUCGGAUCAAAAUUUUUCCUCUGGAAACUCGAGUUUAACGUGGAACAGCAGUCUGGAGAAUUUGAUCAAAUUUUCCCCCACGGUGAAUGCCGGACUAGGUGUGACUCCCGCAGGCAAAAGCACACCGAUGAGCCCGAAGCGGGCUGAACGCCGACAGGCGAUGAAGGAUCGCUAUAAAACUUACACCAUCCCCAAUGGAAAGUUGGUUGAUUUGAAUCAGGCUGCGGAUGAUGCGAUUGCUGCUGACGUGAAGACACCAACGCCAAGUGCACCGUCAACACCUUCCCCGAAAAAGUCCUCAAAAGAACGUCGCCAGGAGAACAAAUCCCGUUACGAAACCCAGGUCAUCAACGCUAGCAUCCUCCCGUUGCUGAACGGCCACGAGCGUCCGCGUACUCCACUGUCAAGCAUUAUUGCAACGCCAGCCGUAUUUUCUCCAAUAACUCUUCACUCGCCGGCACCGAUGUCACUGGAACGUGUCGUCACUCCCGAGCCUAUCCACGCGCUGGACGACGAUGAUGAACCAUUAACCUAUACCAUUCAGGAAUGCCGCCGAAGAGCUUCGCUCGAGCAGAAGCUGCCCACCAUUCCUCCUGCCGAGGAGCCAGUCCCAAGCACUCAAAACAAAACUCCACUUGCCAGCCCAAGUAAGGUUCCAACUGCUACGAAAGUAGUCAGCAAAAUCAAUCCCUCUCCGGCGGUGGAUGCCUCCAAGGUGGUUCGCGGCACAAAAAAACCCGCAUAUGUGUCACCCUAUCGGAGACAAGUUGUUUCCGCGCCCGCAAAUCCAACGAGAAAUUCAAUUGCAAAAAAGGAACCUCCGGUUGUUGUUCAGACAACUCCCAAGCUAAGAAGUCAGACUUCGCUCAUUGAAUCUAGGAGUCGCCCGCAGCCUCUGAAAGCUCGAACCAGCGUAGGGUCCAAACGAAAUUCGCUUGAACUGAAUGGCAGCGGUGCUGUACGUGACCGGCAGUGGUCUUGUGGUGCCUUCCAAGGCAGCUCCAAAGCGAAGCAGCUCACACCGAGCUCGGUUGAACCUCAUCUAAUCCGACAGGGUACUUUCACCCAGGACGAGCCAACGAAUCCGGAAGUGCCAAUAGUAACAUCCGCUCCUUCCACACCGGCAAAAUCACUCCGUCGGCCGGGAUCGAUGAUCCCUAGUUCGGCUUCCUCGUCCCGUCUGACCGCGAUGGCCGGUGGCAAAACGUCGCGCAUUAGUUUGCACAAAAGCGUCAGUAUGGAUGCUAGUAAAACGGUCCCUGGCACACCAACCGGAACCGCGACUCCGACGAGCGAAGAAAGUACCCCGCUCAGUUCUCGCUUCCGACUGUCGUCGGCUCGAACAUCGUUGGUCGACUACAAGAAACCGAAUACCGGUGGUGGCCGGUUGAGCACUCCGAUUAGUUCCAACUCGUCGCAAGAGCAAAUCGGCACACCGAACGCGGGUGCGGUCAGUCCCGGUUCACUGAUACCAAUGCGACGGAAGAGUGGUCUCGUAAUGCCGAAGCGCACCAAUUUGACGAUGAAGUCCAACCCGGACGUGCUGAAGGGAAAGCUGGAUGGAGUGCGGAAUGCGUUUGUCCGGACGGCCGCAUCGGCCGUGAAGACGGGAACCCGAUGAGAAGGGCGAUUUUAAGAUUUCUUGCGGAUGUUUGUGCAAUUUGAAUCCUGAACAACUCUGACCGUGAAGGUUUAAUCCAACGACGAAUUGAAAACGGACCAGUCUUUUUGCACCCGGAAAGGUUCCUUUGAGAAGAGAGAGAGAAAAAAAAAAUGAAACAAAAGAGAUUUCCUCCUUUAGAUUUAAACUUACUCGCACACUUUGAAGACUCAGACGAAGAUGAACGAACGGAACACAACAUUUUAGGAUUUCCUCUUUGGAAAAGCAAACGCUUGAUAAAACAACAGUAAACAAUAUCAAACAGAACAAAUCGAAACAAACUAUUCUAGUCCCAAAACGUUCAUCGAUUGUAACAGAGGAAGAUUGCAGAGAAAAAAAGUAACGACAACCGAGACCAAGAUGUCGAGGCGUUUAGUAAAGUAAGUUUUGUGAUGAAUAAAAUUGUAGCGAUAGAAGCGAAGGAGACAAUUGUAUCAACUUUAAACUGAAAGCCACCGCUGUAUGUGUGGAAUGUAGGCUUUGUAGAUUUGUUCGCUGCGCUAGGUCUCUGCGAACUUUCGCUAUCAUUACUAUUAUACCUACUAUUAUUACCGCUUACCUAUACACUUAAUAGAUAUUGGAUAGAUAGUAGUAACUUUUCUGCAUUUAUAUACGCACCAAUUGAUGCUUAAUAUGUCUCGCGCGAUAGAUUUACCGGCCAGUGCAGGGUCGAGAGCCAAUACAGAGUUGAGAUAUUUUUUAGGGUUUUGAACAGUUAUUGUUUUUUUACGAGCAGAAGAAACCCGCUCAUCCUAAUUUUAAUUUGAUAUGAGUUUUUACUUUCAAUUUUAAAUAUUGUCACCGGUUUUUAGUUUGUGUUUGGAUAAUCAUAUCAAAUUUUAAACAACUUAUGCUCUACUCUCGAACCGGAUAAGCAGAAGUAAACUGUUAUUGGAAAACAUUUGUGCUAUAUAUAAAACAUUCGAGUAUUAUAACACAGUUCUUUGCAAAAGUAGAGUAGGUUUUGCGCUUAUCUGUAGCGAAAUUUUCGGCGGAAAAAAAUGCUGUUGUCAGAAAUUAUUUAAAAAUCCCAUACCGGCUAAGAAAUAAAAUUAUAUUAACCAUUA